UAUCAGGUGGGCCUGGUGAGGGAGGCACCAUCUGGUAUCACUGCAUCCAAGCAGCGUCUGAUCAUUGAUUGAUGGUAAAGUGUUGAACUCGAAGGUCCAUUUUGUUUUGGCCUACUUCCAGCUCAUGAGGAAGUGCCUCUGCGUGUUCGAGCUUUCGUUCACGUUGCCGUCGACUGCCGCAUGGUUUAUAAGACUAAGAAUACAUAUUUAUGUGGUCACUGGCCCAUCCCUGCCACUUUUCUCAUCAUUAACCCUCACUCUUCUACUCUCCCUACAAUCCGACGUGUGCGAAAGAUUGGAUUCUGUCUCAGCUUUCCUCCCUGUCUGUUACUUACCCACUGAUUUUCUAUCCCACUCCUGUGCUACUCCUUCUGUUGGCAAUUGUCUUUUUGGGCAUCUCCCAUCGUCGUCUUGUUCGAUUACCCAUUCACUCUUUUAUACGUAUCCACAUUCCCUUCUACAUACUCAUUGUUGAUGAUCAUCGGCAUAUAGCAAACCUUCCUAGUCGUCACACGAUCUCUCUACCUCAAGCUACCUCAAGCAGCUGAUACAACCUUUCUGUCACAAGAUUCCGAAACCGACAAUGUCAAGACCUUCCAAUCCCCAACCUUCCCAGGUAUUAUUCGGUCUUCCACCCCGGCCUGUCCAUUCGUACCAACCCCACAGUCGUCGGCGCCCCCACAAGAAAGCUUCCAAAUUGAAAGAUCAAGAAAACCACCGACCUGAGAUCAGAGCUCCCAGGGUCAGACAUAAUCUUCAACCUUUGGCUGACGCGUCCAACAUGACCUCUCUCCAGUACAAUUCCACGCCGUCCAUGACCUGGAAACUCCCUUCCAAGCCAUCCUUUGUCAUAUCUCCUCUGGCCCCUCAACCCUUGUUCGCUCAGGUUUUGCACACUGACGCUUCUCGCAACCAGAGUGUGGCAAAUGUUGAGAUAGCCCCAUUUUACCUGCCUCAUUUGCAGCCAUUGCGAACCGUGCAACUCCCUCAAGUCCCUCAAUCUCGCUCAUAUAAUCCAACUGGUCUAUUCCCUGAUUCUGACCAGAAGACAAACCUCACACCUAAAACGCGUCGGAAACUUGCCGUAGAGGGAAUGCGGAAAGCAGUCUCCGAUGCCGCCUUACGCAAGAUGGGAAUCCAAGCAGGGUUUGGAUGGGCGCAGGAUGCGCUUGACCAACCGAUCACCUUCACCACCGAGAAGCAGAAGCCAGUCGAAGUUCAUACUGAGAAACCGACAGUGCCGCAAGUGGAACCUUUCAGCCCAAAGUCCGACCUGGAAAGUGAUGUUCAACACCCAUCUUAUUCCCCCCGUCAAUACACACCGAAGCCCCUUUUGCUUCCGUGCAAGCUGGCGCGAAGCAGUAACCCGACCCGAUCGCCUCCACCCUUCAAGGGUCCUCUUUUUUCCCGCCAGCGGACGAUCUCAUACCACAGGUCACGUUCACCAAGCGAACUGGGCUGUCAGACUCAACCUGACAUGUCUGAUGAUGGCUCCCAUCCCACAGAGAGUCUAGUUGGAGCAGAAGAGUUGGUCAAACCCAACCCUCGUUGCAGUACGGUCAUCGAGGACGGUAGCACGACACCUAGUGACUGCAGCUUUGCCAGUGAUCCUGAGAUCCAUUCCGAGUCCGCGAUCCUCUCUCAAGUUGAUGGUGGUAGCACGACACCCUGUGAUUCUAGCUUCGCAAGUGAUAAUGUAAUGGAGUCGCCAUCGGACGGGAUCCGCUUUGAGUCGCCGGACCGCCCAACUGAAGACAUGAGCUUUGAGGCCUCGGGAACUGAUGAAAAACGCCAUUCUCGCCCUAAAAUCCUCGAUGCUUUGGUCUGGACGAUUGCCGCUCCCCACAGAAGAGCCAAAGACCCCAGACGUAUGGCCACAUCGUCCUCUUACAAUCCUCAUCGUAAAAGUCUGGGCUACUGGCUUGGUGCAAGUCUACCCUAUGCUGAGCCUACACGACACAAUCGCGCUUCCUCUGAAAUCGUUCUCAUUCAGCGCAACAUACCUCGACUGGACGACACUGCUCACAGGAACGAUAUUCGAGCUGCUAGCAAUCAGAACCAAUGUGAUGUUGGCCGAAACUCUGGUGAUUGCAAUAUGGGAUUUUCUUACCAGCACGAGGUAUCACAGGGUGCUUCGUCUGAUAGGAAUGAAGGAUUAAUGGACAGCAGGGGCCUCUCAGACACCCCGAUUGCCCACCCAACCUUCAUACUACCAGCUCCAGACAAUCAGAACGGGCUCUACACCAAUCUUCGCAAUCUCGCCUCUCCGCCGUCCUUAUGGUCCCCGCUUUUGCGUCGCAUCCCCUCGUUCUCUUUCGCCCUUUAACCCCCAAGUCUUCCUCUUCUUUCACUUAAUGAUUGGUGAUUGGUGUUCAGCGAUUUGCUGAAACCAUCUACAUACCCUCCUGCCCUUUUUGAUGUUAUUUUCUCCUAAUCUCUCACUCCUGUUAUACGUCUUCCGCAUACUCAUAAUCUGUUUUAUCAUUAGCAACACGUUGCUAUGAUUUAUAUCAUUCAUAUCUUUAUCAGAAAAUGCCUGUUUCUUUUUUCUUCUCUUGUGAGAUCAUCCUCUCGGUCCGCUGAAGUACAGCCCCUCACAUCCCGUUCUUCGAGACACUUGUACCACAACCUUGUAGCACUCUAUCAAAUACGCGCCUUUAAAUGAGGUGGUGAUCUCCUCAUCCCUUAUUGAACAAAACAUAUUUGAAUUGAAAAAUUGUUUGACUGUGAAUGAGUUGGGGGUAUG